AGGCCCUUCCACCUGUAGCAGGCCUGGCACCUCCCUGGCAAGGUCCUGUGCUGACCGACGUAUGUAUAGGCCUGGGCAGAGUGCGGAGAUGGACACAUUGGUGACCCAUGGUUCCUCCACAGACAGAGGCCACUGCCCAGGAAGAGAAGUCCAUGCUCUGGCAGCCCAGCCCUGCAGGAAACCCUCUUGCUGUCACAGUGUUUGGGGUCUUUCCCCGCAGCCCAACACUCUCCAGUGUUUUUUUCUUUUUUCCCAUAGACGCUGACUCUCUCUGCUACAACUUCACCAUCAUCCAUCUGCCCAGACAUGGACAACAGUGGUGCAAGGUCCAAGGCCAGCUGGAUCAGAAGAAUUUCCUCUCCUAUGACUGUGGCAUUGACAGGGUCUUAUCUGUGGGUCGCCUAGAAGAGCAGCUGAAUGCCACAGAUGGCUGGGGAAGACAACUGGAAAUGCUGAGAGAGGUGGGGCAGAGGCUCAGACUGGAACUGGCUGGCAUUGAGCUGGAGGAUUUCACCCCCAGUGGACCCGUCAGGCUGCAGGCCAGGAUGUCUUGUGAGUGUGAAGCCGAUGGACACAUCCAUGGAUCCUGGCAGUUCGGAUUUGAUGGACAGAGGUUCCUCCUCUUUGACUCACACAACGGAAAGUGGACAGUGGUUCAUGCUGGAGCCAGGCGGAUGAAAGAGAAGUGGGAGGAGGACAGGGAACUGACCGCGUUCUUCCGGAAGGUCUCCACAGGAGACUGCAGGAGCUGGCUUCGGGACUUCCUGAUGAGCAGGGAGAAGAGGCUGGAGCCCACAGCACCACCCACCAUGGCCCCAGGCACUGCCCAACCCAAAGCCAUGCUCAGUCCCUGGAGCCUCUUCAUCAUCCUCCUCUGCUUCAUCCUACCUGGCACCUGAGGAGAGUCCUCUGUGAAGGGAGGAGAAACUGGAACAGGCUUCCUGAAGGACAGGGUGACAGGGCUCCCUCAAGAGUCAAAAAUAUCCAAGUCUGAAUUAAGAAUACGUAUUGAAAUGGCAUAAAGACUUCCUAGAAAUAUGA